UGAUCUAUCAAUGCCCUUCUGCUUAUAAAUAUAACUACCCUUCAAAGUUCAAACCGAACAACUGACCAGUUUGAGAUUCAGAUUGAACAGAGCAGCGACUUCCUUGCAUUUCCCAUAGUAUUGUUGCACAUAGUCCAAGAUCAAUGACCAAAGAGAUUGGCCUCAUACAGUUUCUACCUACUCUAUUGCACUAACAUAUGCUUUUUCUUUAUCUUAAAAUGGGAAUGAUUAUCUUUGUAUGACAAUCAUCAUAUUCUCAACUCCAUUUUCUUCUCCACUAAUAAUAACUAGCUAUCUCCUUCUCUCUCGUCUCUCUGUCCUAACGGUCUGAUUGCAUUAGACAAGGAGAAAGAAUGCAAGAGAUGAGAGUUUCAAGGUUUUGGGUACUUGUAUUGGUUUCUUGUUUCUUCUGCAAAUCCAAAGGAGCCAUUGUUCCUGCACUCAUCAUGUUCGGUGAUUCCAUUGUUGACGUUGGCAACAAUAAUAACUUACUCAGCAUUGUCAAAUCAAACUUCCCGCCUUAUGGCAGAGACUUCACCAAUCAAACACCCACCGGAAGAUUCUGCAAUGGAAAACUCGCUGUAGAUUUCUCAGCUGAGUACCUUGGCUUUUCUUCAUACCCACCUGCGUUCUUAAACCGAGAAGCAAGAAACGAGGAUUUCUUAAUUGGCGCCAACUUUGCAUCAGCGUCUUCCGGAUACUAUGAUGCCACAUCUGUUCCCUUUGUAAGGGAGACUAACGCACUCAAACAUCAACACGCACAUACCCAUGAUAUGAUCCAUAAGGCUUUGCUCUUCCUUUUGCAGGGCGCCAUCCCCUUAACACGACAGCUGAGCUAUUACAGGACGUAUCAAAACAGAGUGAGGAGCAUGAUCGGAAGGGAGAGAGCACGCACUAUGUUCUCUCAAUCUAUCCAUAUUUUGAGUGCGGGAUCUAGCGACUUUCUUCAGAACUAUUACAUCAAUCCUCUGCUCAACAUCCUAAAUACACCUGAGCAGUUCUCUGAUACUCUCAUGCGAUCUUACUCAGAGUUCAUCCAGAAUCUGUAUGAACUAGGAGCGAGGAGAAUUGGAGUGAUAUCGUUACCGCCAAUGGGUUGCCUGCCUGCAGCCAUAACUCUUUUCGGUGCAGGAAACAAGAGUUGUGUCGAGAGGCUCAACAAUGAUGCUGUCAUGUUCAACACCAAACUUGAAUCCACAACCCAAACAUUGAUGAAACGACACUCAGGCCUCAAGCUUGUCGCCUUUAACGCCUACCAACCUCUCAUGGACAUCAUCACCAACCCAUAUGACAAUGGAUUCUUUGAAACAAAAAGGGCAUGCUGUGGAACGGGAACAAUAGAGACAUCGUUCCUUUGCAAUUCUCUAUCCUUGGGAACGUGUUCAAAUGCCACAGGGUAUGUGUUUUGGGAUGGAUUUCAUCCCACAGAGGCUGUGUACGAGCUUUUGGCUGGUCAACUAUUGAGUCAAGGGAUUUCUCUAAUCUCUUGAAUUAAAUUCCAUCUCGAUGAAUUCAAACUGUAUACCUACAAACAGCUACCCUUGUCUCUCCCUCUCUCUCUUUCUAGGGAUAUGUGUCUGGGACGAAGUAUCUGACUCUCAUAAACUAAAAAAUAAGAGAGAGCGCGUGUCUGUGUGUGUGUGUGAAUGUUGAAACUACCAAUUUGUUUUGUGUGAUGCGUCAAUAGAUACAAGCGUUGUCAAAGACGAUCACGAUCUUUGGUAAUUUGUGUUCCUUGAUUUAUCUCUAGAGCAUUUUUAUUAUUUUA